AUGCGAGGAAGUAACGUGUUGCUCAACUGCACGGCAGAAUCGGAUCAAGGGAUUCCCAUCAUCAAAUGGAAAAAGGAUGGAGUCUUUUUAAACUUGGCAGUGGAUGAGAGAAGGCAGCAGUUUCCCAAUGGAUCUCUUUUGAUACAAAACAUAGUCCAUUCCAGACACCAUAAACCUGAUGAAGGCCUUUAUCAAUGUGAAGCAUCAUUAGAAGGUAUUGGAGCUAUCAUCAGCAGGACAGCCAAAGUCUCUGUAGCAG